UAAGCCUGUAUUGCUAGUCUGUGUCCUGUUCUACCAGAGACGCCGCAUGAAUGAUGACAAACAUACUUCACAUAUUUAACCUAGUCUGUUGUCAUUAAUAAAACAUUUAAUGUCUUGUAAUUUCUAUAUAAACUUAACAAGACAUGCCUAAUUAUCUGUACAUAAAUUAUUCUGACAAAUCUCCAUUCAAAUCACGUCAAUGCUUUGGAAAAACCCGAAAACAUAGACUUUGAUAGCAACCGUUUGUUUAUUGCCGACCUGUCAUAAUUCCGCCAUCUUGACAUCCUCUUUAUUAUCAAGUUGAUGAGGGUUUGAUUUCUCUGACGAUUCCUCUGAGACACUUGGUCCUGCACAGAGGAGAGCACUGUCAACCAUGUCUGACAAACAAGCGUCUGCUCCACAGCAGGGAAAGCCCCGGAAUGGUGGAGGUGGACAAGAAGGUUCUAGAUGUGGUGGCCGGGUCAUAGUUCACCUACACGCCGUGACCGAUGAACAGGCUGCGCUAGUUAUGGAUACAGUGAAUGCGCGUCCACUGGAGGAGGUCAAGAAGAAGACAGGCGCUGAUGUACACUUUGACCUCAACCCGUCACCUGUACCAGGUAUGAAGAUUGUCAUCAUCCGCGGUGUCCCAUCUCAGAUCGAGGCGGUCGUCAGGUUCAUCAGGCAGAUGACUCGUAGUCAGGCAACACUCACAGAAGAAGUUCAGACAUUCUGGCUCCAGUGGGUUGAGGCCGCGUACCCUGACCUCGAGUAUCGCGCCUACUUCCUGCCUCCUGUCUACUUCAACCACGUGCCGAUGACUAGACAGACCAUUGCUGGUCAGGAUGUCAUGGUUCUUUACUCUCCAUCUGAAAAAGCUCGUAAACGAAGGAGUCUGCUAAAAGAAGUAGGAUCUUUACUGAAGUCCUCCAAAACACAUGAACCACAACAUCAAGCUGUAUUACCUUCAAACACGCCGGUGAUGACUCCAUCACAAACAGCUGAGACUUCCAUUUCUCAUCCUGCUACAGCCCAGGACAGUGACAUUAGACAUGACACAGCCAUGAAACAAGUUCUCUUAUGUCUUCAGAGUUUGUCAGAAAAGAAAGGAGAAGUGUUAGUUGGAAUCACUCGGCUUGACUUCGGACAAUAUCUGAGUGAACCUUGUUUUACUAUGGCAACUGCCCAGUUACCCCGAGCCUCCAGCCUGCCUCCUGACUUGCCACAGAACUGGAAACAGGGAAACUUUGAUGUGCUUCUUAUUCACCGACAUUACGGUCUUGUCGUCUGCAAUGUGAUGUCGUUCGGUGACAUGACAAACGACCUUAAAAUGUCAGAGGAGGAUAUUGUCAAGACCAUCAGAAAGAAGCUGAGAGACGCCGUGUCACAGCUGAACAAAGCGGAGGCCAUGUUGUCUCACCUGGUGUCUGAUGUCUGUCCCGGUCUGCGCAUCACCAAGACCAUCGCCGUCCCUAACCUCACGACUGACCAGGUACAGCAGGCCAUCUCUCACGACUCACAACUCACUGAGGACCUGCAUUGCUGUCUAAAAACAACUGACCCCGCCGACAUCGCUGGUAUGUGUCUGUGCUGUGAUCAGUUGUGUGACCCCAAGACCCCUUGUGACGUCAGUAGUCACGUGUUGAAGAAACUCGGCGAAUGGUGGACACGACGUGUGGCUGUGUCUGGGCGUGACAGUCACAUGACACGUGACGUGUACAAGACACUAGUAGCACGGGUGACAUCAGUGGGAGGCAGCACCUGUAGUCUGUGCUCUUACUCCACACAUGGAACCCAUCUGUUUCAUUCUGCAAAACUCUGGUUAUUGGUUACAAGGACUCGGCACCAAAGACAUUUCUUCUCUUGUGAUUGUUUGUAUGCAGCAGUCGACAGGUGAAAACACAUUGUGCAAACAUCACCUUUUCAAUGUCAUGUUUACUAACGAAUAAAAUAGUUCUUGAUUUAGAAGUCCGGACCAGAGCUGAUUAAAUGAUUCGUGCUUACAAUAAACAAACUAAACACAGUGCUUGUUUUCCACUGGUUUGCAAACAAGUAAAACAUGUUAAUUAAAGUGGCUAUCAUCUAUGAAUAUCGCGUGGAGUAAGCAUAUUCUGCAUUUUGUCAAUAUGUGAACAGGUACUAACGGGAGAAUUUGUGUUAUUAAGUUCAAGUAGAUAUAGCAUGCCUGAGUGUACAAACAACAGGUAUAUGAAUUUGUUGUGCCAUCUACAGUGCAGCUGCUAAAUCACAGAUGAAUUGUCAGUGGUUUGUUUGCACGCUGUUGUUGUUGUUGCUGUUGUUGUUGUUGUUGUUGUAUGUAUGUGUGUUUGUAUUUGAAUGAUCUAGAUGUAAGUUGUUGUUUUUUAAUAAGUUUGCUCAGAUCUUCCCCUCUUCCUCAUAUCUCUCACACUUGCUAUUUUCUUGCCGCUAUUUUGUUUUGUUUUACUGGUUCAUUUUUUUUACCUUUGAACUUAUUUUGUAAGUAUAACUACAUAUAUUAUAACGGAGCACUGUUCCUAUGUUUCAAUUGCCCAUUGGGAUAAUAAAGUUACUCAUUGUCAGCUAA